UAUGGAAGUACCGGAAUAUAUCACCUCCGCUGUCGCGAUUUAGGGUUUCUUCUUCAGCCGCAGGUCUCUCAGCUUGGGGUUUUAGAGGGCGGCCGCGACGACAAUGGUGGAGAAGGCGAGCAAGGGCCGGAAGGAGGAGGUGGUCACGAGGGAGUACACCAUCAACCUCCACAAACGCCUACAUGGAUGCACUUUCAAGAAGAUGGCUCCAAAGGCCAUUAAGGAGAUCAGAAAGUUCGCACAGAAGGCAAUGGGCACGACAGAUGUGAGGGUUGAUGUGAAGCUUAACAAGCAUAUCUGGAGCAGAGGGAUCCGAGGUGUGCCAAGACGGGUUCGUGUGAGGAUUGCCCGCAAAAGGAACGAGGAGGAGGAUGCAAAGGAGGAGCUCUACUCUUUGGUUACUGUUGCCGAGGUCCCCCCAGAGGGGCUUAAAGGAUUAGGAACUAAGAUUGUCGAGGAAGCAGACUGAAUCAUUGGCAAGUGUAUGCUUCCUUUGCAGGUUACUAAGAGUUGUUUCAGAUUUGCAGGGAGUUUUAGAUGCAAUUUGAGUGUUGAACAGUGAGAAUCUCGUUUGCUGACUUUAAGAAAUAUUUAAGAAUUAUCUUGCUCAGUCUCAUUUUAUUAAACCAUGAACUGUUUACCAGUUCUGAAUAGUAAGUUGUUCACAAUUGCUUGUUGCGGUGA